AUGUCUUCUUUUCUCAUCUUUUGUCUAGUCAGUUGCUUUGUCCAGUUUGCAUUCGCUCAACGUGUCAACGGAUCUCCAGUAAACAAUGGAAUACAAUACGGACCCAACCCAGGUCUAGGUGGCCCUGGACAACAAAUGGGCCGAAUAUCUCCAGAAUUAGGGUCUAUUGGCGGACCUGGCAUGGCGCAAAUAGGACCAAAUCAACAAAUUGGCACAUACGGUCAAAUAAAGCCCAACAAUCAAGCGUACACAAAUGCUGGCAAAACAAAUCAAGUUUAUGGGGCUAGCGUGCCAAAUAAACGUAUUGUUAAUGCUGGCACGCCAAACCAGUACAAUGCUAACACUGGCACGCCAGCUACAACUUAUGGUGGUGCUGGAAACGGCGAUGUAGCUGUGAAUGGCGAGUUGCCAGUUAAAGGCAUGACAAAUGUGAAAGGCAACGUGCCAAUGACUGGCAAAGUGGCUUUCAAUGGCAAUGUGGCUUGUGGCGGAACUGUCACUAUUAGUGGCAGUUGUGCACCCCGUGGAGUAAGUGCUCCUAGUGCCAACGUAAAAAUGUCAACGCAUGGCAAUGUUGCUAAUAAACCCUAUGGGUAUUAG